AUGGAUCUUGUUACUCGCCUGUGGGCAUACGAUCAAACGCUAACACUGGGAGGUCUGUUAGAAAAAUGGAUUUGGACGGAUUGGAUGGCAUCACGCGGUGAUAUUUUUCAUCCUGAAGAUAGUCAAACUGAACAACGUCUGAAAGAAGCACUCCAACGAGCUGAAUCAAAGUCAAAUCCUACAGAACUUUCACAAUUACAGAAAAAUGUUCUCGAACAAAUUGCAAAACUUUGGCCACUUGUUCCCGAUCAACGUUUCGGACAAUUCCUUUCAAACUACGCCUUUGGACACUUUAUGGACCACCCUCCGAAGAAAAUGCUUCAUCAAAGUGAUGAAACGAUUCUACAAGCAUUGUUAAAUGUACAUACAAGCGUGCAAACUUAA